AUUCACUAGGGUACACAUGGUUGCCGGUUUCGCAGGGCUACUUUCACAAUUACAUGAUAACGACGUUGUCCCUCCUGUAACAGAAGAUAUUUUACUGGUUGGCGAUUCAGAAAUACAACAAUGGGUCUAGAGGAGGGAUAUGUGAAGAGGUACAAAAGGGGAGAUGUUGUUCCUGAAGGAGCUAUCUUCUUGGACUAUAAGCAACUUAUAAACAUCCAGAACAAAAGGCUUCAGCAACUCUCGAAAGAGAAACCUUCCACAGUACGACCAUUAAUCUAUGGCCCAGCUCUGAUAGCAGCAGCUGCUUCAUCAAGUGGUUUUUAUUUCAGUUAUCACUUCCAACAAGUAUUUAAUCUAAAACAAAGUGGAAGGUUAGGCAUAGGAUUGUUUUUAACGAGUUUAUUAAUCCCGAGUGGCACAUUAUUCGGGGUUUACAAAUUUGGAGUCGUGCCCUCUGUGAUUUCAGGAGGAGUUGAUUGUACGAUUUGUUUUGAAACAAAACUUGCACUUUGUCAAGCAGCACUUGGAGUUGGAUACCCAUUGAUGAUGUCUUGGCUGUUAUCGUCAAUGGAGGCUGGAACACAGUAUACCUACCCUAUUCCACAGUUUCGAACAGGAGGUCCAAGGCUAUUGCCUUUUCUUCAAAGCUCAGCACCCAAAUUUACUCCCUUAUCUAUGGUCCUGCUUGCCAAUUUAUCUGUAGCUAUGGGCGUCGGGAAUAAAAUGCAGUCAUGUUUUGAAAAGCAUUUCAGUAAAGACAGUGAAUCAAUGCUUGUGCAAAAGCGUGAUAUAUAUAGUGUGAAAUAGUUUGAUAAAUAUUUGAAUAAAUUUUCUUUCCAGGUUUUAUAAAGUUUGAAUAUUUUGUAGAAUUUCUUUUCAAAUGAAAGACUGACACUUGUGUUUACAUAUCAGGUGCAUGCGUUAAAAUUUCUCAUUCUUUUAACGACUCCUCCACUUCAUGGUCGGGGACAUAUGGCAUUAAACUUCACCUUAUGAUUAUUGCUUCAUACCUGGUGAUUUGAUGUCAGUUCAUGUACUCUAUAACAGAUACAGAUAUGGAACUUUCAUUUUGUAUUUGUUCAAGUAUAAUUGAAUAAUGAUAAUGUACAGGUCAAGUUCUGAGCUGGUAAUUUGUACAAAUUAACUUUUUUUUAGAGUUUAAUUUAUUGCUGCCUACAGAAGGCGAAGAACUUCCUUUCUGAAGUUACAAUAGAUUUGAGUGGUUUUCAUUGCAGUAUUUGUGUACAGAAGAUUUGAAUUCAUUAGAAAUGAAAUUUUUCUCAUGUGACCAACUUGGGGCUAAUGUUCGGGUACAUAAGGGGAAAAUAGACAUUAGUUAAUAGUUAUAUGUAUAGACAAGAAUAUCUUUGAGGCUCUUUAGAAGGGCCCAAAGCGAACAAAUGUGAUAUUAAUUACAGUUUUUAUUCAUCUUGACGAUAUCUAGAGGACUUAGUUAAGGAACUAUUAUUAUAUAUCUCAAGGAGGAUAUCAAGGCUUAAUAAAGGAACAGAUAAUAUAUGUCUAGAUGAGGAUAUCUAGGAGGCGUAAUAAGGCACAGAUAUUAUGUCUAAAUGGGGAUAUCUAUAAGACUUAAUUCAGAAGCAGUUUUUAUAUGUCAAAUGAGGAUAUCUGGAGGACUUAAUUAAGGAAUAGCUGUAAUAUGUGCAGAUCGUGACAUUUUUGGAGUGAUUAAGUAAAGUUUACUUAAACAUUUAGACAUUUUAGAAUGCAACCAUUGUUGUUAUUGUUAUGGUAGACUUUUACACUCAUGUAACUUUGCCAUUGGAAUCAAUCACUCCAACAAUGUUUAAUAUUGUAUCAUUGACAAAACACAAAUAAAGUAAAGUUUUAGAAUUCUU